GCAGCACUGCUGCAUGAGUUUUGGUGAAUUGCAUUUAGCUAACAAUUGGAAAAGAAAACACAGCUGCAACCAGCAACACAAUAGCCAAACACCACUCGUGUCCAUCCCAACAUGGAUCCCUCCGCGAGCCUGGCCGACAAGUUGGCCUCCAAGACUGCCAGCAGCAACUCCCUGGACAGCAGCUCCAAGUCCAGUUCGUUGGGCUCCAAGCACGGCGGCGGAGAAAACGGCAUUAUACGGGACACGCCCUUUGGCUAUCUGGAGGGCGAGGAGGACCAGGACCAGAAGAACGACGUGACCUACGUGUGUCCCUACCGCGGCCCCGUCUUUGGCGCUCUUACCAUAACCAACUACCGCCUGUACUUCCGGUCGCUUCCUCUGCGGGAUCAGGAGCCGCCCGUCGUCGUCGACGUGCCUCUGGGCGUGAUCGCGCGCGUGGAGAAGAUUGGCGGCGCCACGUCGCGCGGUGAGAACUCGUACGGCAUCGAGAUUUUCUGCAAGGACAUGCGAAACCUGCGAUUCGCCCACAAGCAGCAGAAUCAUUCGCGGAGGACGGUGUUUGAGAAACUGCAGGCCAACGCCUUUCCGCUCUCGUACAGUGGACGCCUCUUUGCAUUCGCACACGCCGCGGCCAACUCUGUGAACGGGAACGGCGGCUGGGACGGCUGGGCGGUAUAUGAACCGCUGGCGGAGCUGCGCCGCUUGGGCGUUCCCAACGACAUGUGGCGGGCGACCAAGCUAAACGAGUCCUACGCAAUUUGCGACAGCUAUCCGGCCGUGUGGGCUGUGCCCAAAGCGGCCUCCGAUGAUUUCCUGAGGCGCGUGGCACAGUUCCGCUCGCGCUGCCGUCUGCCGGUGCUGUCCUGGAUGAACCCACGGACUCAAGCGACCAUUACGAGGUGCUCCCAGCCGCUGGUGGGUGUGAGUGGCAAGCGAAACUCCGACGAUGAGGCAUACCUAAGCUUUAUCAUGGAAGCGAACGCCCAGUCAGACAAGUUGACCAUCAUGGAUGCGCGACCAAGCGCUAAUGCGAUUGCUAACAAGGCCAAGGGCGGCGGUUACGAGUCGGAGGACGCGUAUAAGAACGUGGAAAUCAACUUCCUCGACAUUCACAACAUCCACGUGAUGCGGGAGAGCCUUCGCAAAGUGAAGGAGGCUUGCUUCCCCACCACCGAUGACUCAAAGUGGCAGACGGCUAUUGACAACACACUGUGGCUGAAGCACAUUCGGUGCAUUCUGGCCGGUGCCGUGAGGAUCGUUGACAAGGUGGAGACCAUGAGCACCUCCGUCGUAGUGCACUGCUCCGACGGCUGGGAUCGCACAGCCCAGCUGACGGCCCUUUCCAUGCUGCUGCUCGAUCCGCACUAUCGCACAGUGCGCGGUUUCGAGGUUCUCAUCGAGAAGGAGUGGCUCUCUUUUGGCCACAAGUUCCAGCAACGCAUUGGUCACGGCGACAACAAGCACUCGGAUGCAGACAGAUCGCCGGUGUUCCUGCAAUUCAUCGAUAGCGUCUGGCAGGUUAGCCAGCAGUUCAACAACGCGUUUGAGUUCAACGAGCACUUCCUGAUAACUAUCGUGGAUCACCUGUACUCGUGCCGCUUCGGCACCUUCCUCUGCAACACGGAGGCCGAGCGUGUGGCCGAAGAUCUCAAGCACAAGACAACAUCCCUGUGGACGCACAUCAACUCUUCGCUGGAUCAGUAUUUGAAUCCACUCUUUCCAUCGUUCACGCACGGAGCCGAGCUAGUGCUGCGUCCCAUUGCCAGCGUGAGAUCGGUCCGCUUGUGGAAGGGCCUAUACUGUCGGUGGAAUCCUGGUCUGUGCGCUCCUCAGCAUGGCUGCCAGCGCACCCGCGAACUGCUAUCCAAGCAGGACCAGCUCUUUAAGCUCGUCAACGAGCUGCGGCUCAAGUCGAACAACCGCAGCAACAGCAUGCAGACAACUACGCGACUGGCCUCGCCUAUGCACUAAUAGUAUUGGUUUUUAUUUCCCCUACUUGUACGCAUAUGUAGUGCACCUAUUGGGAACUACGUUCUAAUUCCAAAUAAACGUUUUUCUUGAAUGGAAAACUGGUCGAUCCAACAUUGUAUCAUUGAA